AUGGAGCAACCAGAGUCUGGUAUUGAGAAAUUUGAGAAAUUCACAUGGAAGGUUGAGAAUUUCUCUCGCUUAAACAAGAAGGUUUACUACGAGCAUUUCACCCUAGAAGGCUAUCCAUGGAGGAUUAGUCUGUUCCCAAAGGGGAACGAUAAUGCCAAAUACUUAUCAAUUUUUUUGGAGGCUGUGCAAACUGCUAAUAUGUCUAAGGGGUGGACCAGAGAUGUCAAAUUUAAGUUGCUAGUUUUCAAUCAACUCAAUACCGACAAAACAAUUACAAAAGAAUUACGUCACGUAUUCAAUGCAUAUGAAGACGAUUGGGGUCAACGCUCUUUUAUGAAGUUAACUAAGCUUCAUAAUACUAAAAGGGGGUUUCUAGUGAAGGAUGCUUGUAUUUUUGGAGUGGAAAUUUGUGUUUGUGAGUCAACUAAUGAGAAACAAGUAUAUCAAGCAGUUAGUUUAACAUCAUCCCAUACAGUUGGAAGUCAUGUCAAAAUGGAAGUACCAUGUCAAGAUCAAACUCCUUUAGUUUCCAUUAAGCCUACUAAAGAUCCUGAUGCUGAGUCAAUGUUUGCUGCAAUUGGGAGAAUUUUUUAUUUUCUUAACACUAGAAAAGUAAAAGACAUGAAUGAAGAGGCAUGUAAGGAGCUUCAAAUUUUAUGGGAUGAACUUGAGAAAUAUAAAUUUGAUCUCACAUGGCUAGAGCCCCAUGUUCAAUCUGUUUUGGGAAUGAAAAGGUUUGUAGAGAAAGCUAUGGAAGUAGAAAAAUUGAAGGAGAAUGUUGUAGUUCUAGAGCUGGAAGCAGAUAGGCUGAAGGCAAAGUUGGUUGCUGCUAAGGUAAAUCUUGAGGUAGAAAGAGACUUGUUGAAAGCAAAAGGCCUCAAAGAAAUAGGUUUGAAUUCUGAUUUGGGACUUGGAUCUUUGAGGGCAUAG